AUGAAGAUCCAGAUACCGAAGGAUGAUAAUUAUAUACUCAUGCUGGAUAAGAUAAGUGAGGAGGAGAAAUUUUUCAUUCACAUUUUAACGACAUGUGACGAGAAGAGCCUGAUUGAUCACCUUUUUCCCUUUGUUGAGUGGGUGUGGUUGAAGUCAGAUUUGAUAGCUUGGGCGCCUGUUCUAAAUCGGUUCGACGAUAUCCUACAGAGGUACAUUGUCCAUAAUAAGUUGAAUCGGGAGGAGACCUGCAUCGCGACGGGUGGUGGGGUCGUGGAGGCCAAGGCGCAGUCUGGAAGUGCGCCCUCCCAGGGUGAAGAAAAUAGGGAGAAGUCCAGGCAAACUAACAGUCAGAAGACGAGCGAAAAAAGCCAUGAGGAGGUGAAGGAACAAUCCAACGAAUCGUUCGUCCCGCCCGAUUUGUUAAUCGAGGAAAUACUUAGGUUCACGUACCACAUCUUGGACAACUGCCUAAGCAAAUCGAAAUACAACUCAUUGGACCAUUUGCUCGUUCUCUUGUGGAGCUUCAACCCGAAGAUAUCCAUCCUGUCGGCUGAAAUAUUAAACAUAUACUACCUGUUUAUAAAAAAAACGAAGAAAAAUGAAAAUAAAAUAAAUCAAAUUGUGAAUAUCCUGUCAGCUCUAAUUAACAUCCCUGUACCGAGUUUUUUACACCCAUAUAUAAACAACGACAUAGGACGGAUAAACGACAACAACUACAUUUCUGGCCUAGUGUUGUACUACAUGCAUGACUCCACAGAUAAGCGUUACAUGCAGAACGUCUAUAGCAAAAUUGAUAAUAAAUACCUCCUCUACUUAGUAGAUUAUGAUCUGAACCUGGACAAUGUUACAAUUAACGUGGAAGAUCAUGAGAUUCCCUUCACGUCUGUCUUCCCCAAGGAGGUAAAGUAUAACAACGCUAAGGACGCCUUGCAACAGGCAUACGACACCAUCAUUAAUAAGUACCAAUUAGAUGAAAAAAAAACUUUCGACCUCAGACACAAGUUAAGAAUCUACAUCGGAUUAAUAUGUCCAAAGUACAGAAAAAAAUUAUUCAACUUGAGGUACUUAAUAAUAUCAGGUUCUUUGUCGAUUAACUCCAUUUUGUAUCCCCAGAUUAUUCCAAGCAACACUAUAUUUUUACAGGAAAUUUUGUACCUAUUAAAAUAUCACAAGUUUGUUGACUUUAGCACGCUACACAUAAUCUUUGACCUGCUGACCACGGCGAUAGAAUCCCAUCUUCACUACAAAGUUGUCUCAGACAUUUUGGGUCUACGAUUACACAGUGGUUUAUUUAUCAGCGUUUUUAAGUACUAUCUGAAUUAUUUUCUAUCGACUUAUACAGUGCAGAAAGAUAUCUGUCCUCUGCACAUUAUGAACGAGAGCCCAGUGGAAAUGUACAGCAUCAAUGAUAUCAACAAUUUGUACUUAAAAAAAAUGCACGAGGAUAAGACCAUAAACACGUCUUCCCCUGCACUGCAGGCUGGAACUACGUGCACUCCUCGAAUCGGUAAUGUUAUUUCUCGGACCAGUAUUUACAGCUCCCUGAGUGAGCUCCUACCGAAUGAAGGUGUGGAUCAACCUCCCACGCAACAGAACAGUCAUCCCCCCGGAAGGGGUACUCCCUCACAUGAAGACGCAGCAAGCUAUUUCGCAAAUGAUCAUCAGGAGGCCACACAAAGGGAGGGAGAAAUUUGUGUAACCGCUCCACAAGGAUCAAACCAGUUAACCAGUACCAACAACAAUUCAAUAUUCAAUGCGGAUGCAUUUCGAGGAGAAGACAACCCUUCCAACAUUGACUAUGGUGACCCCGCAGGAGUGAUGGGAGCCUUAUCUCCAUUUGUGAACAAUCCCCCCAUCAGUGGGAGCAUAAAUGCUGUACAAAAUCAUAACAUCCUUGACUACAUGAGCAAUGAAGGUGAUACGAAUAAUGAGAUGGAUUCCACGCACAUGAGAGAUACAUCAAGCGUGAGGGAUCCACCAAACGUAGAAAACGUGAAUCUAUUAGACUUCAUGAACAACGCGGAUGAAAUAGACCUCAUACGUGAUGGAACGACGGAUAACAGGCUAAGCAACCAAGCCAGAGAUCCAAACGGAUUGAAAGAAGAAACGCAAUACGAAAAUUACAUCAGUGAAGACGUAAUCAUAAGCAAUAUAAAAAAUUGCAAGAAAAAUGGAGAAAAUGAAUUUAUAAAAAUUACAAAAAAAAAGUUUAAGGAUUUUAAAAAGAAGAAAAAGCAAGUAUCCAUGAUGCUGCAAUUAUUAACCCUGUACCAUACGUGCAUUAUGGAACCGUGCCCAAUUCUUACCAUAGCCCAACAAAAUACGCUAAAAUUUUUCCCCUUAUAUUUGCAAGAUAGUUACACUAAUAAUCUACCAAUUGUUCAUUUGUUACUGAGAAUUAUGGAAACCCUCUUAGAUUUUACGCCCAAUUUUUAUUUCACUGCAAAGAAUGAGGAGGAGCUUUACAAAAUCUUACUGUCUCGUUUUCAGUACGAAAUAUUUAUGAUGUCUGACAGUUUUUACCACCUGAAUCGAGAGCACUUUCUGAGAUUUUAUUUCGAGCCAUUCGACUACCGCGGGUAUGACCGCACGUUUGUGGAGAGCCAGGAAGAAGGCCACCGCGAUGAAGGGGAAGCGCCCUCUAUUGAGGAGGGGAUAAUGCAAUCGAAUGGGAAGGUUAACACAGAAAUGGUGAUUGCCCAUCCUGCCUCUCUUUCGGAUGAGAAGAGCCUCUUCUCUAGCCGCAAUGAGAAGCUGAUAAGGCUAUUCCAAACGUACGACAUAAAUGGGAGCGCCACGGAGGAGACUCUCCUGAACAGAUUCACCUUCUGGUAUAAGCUGCACAUAUAUGAAGAACGAGUGAAAAUCAUCAAGAUGAUUAUAAAGGCUUUAAACCUUGCGUUGAAGGGUUACUCCCCAACGGAUACGCUAUUAGACAUAUUUACAAAUAAUUAUAUCUCCGUGAAAAUUAUUAAGUACAUCUUAAAGUACCCGCACAAAUUUGGCCUGUGCCUGUACGGCUACAUACUAGGCUUUAUAUAUGAACACAUAUAUGAAGACCCGACCAUUUUAUCUACCCUCUUGAAGGAGGGUCUUUUGAACAUCUUACUAAAUAGCAUAGUAGAGGAUAAUUUGAAGGACGAAACAGUGUUGAUCUAUGUUCCCUCGCUCCUCUCCCUAAUGUUUAUUCACAGCAUUGGAAAGUCAGCCAUGAGGAAGUUGAAUUACUCCCCCAUAUAUAACCUUUUCCACUAUAUGAUAAAAAUAGAUUAUUUCUUUUUCGAUAGAUUUGGUGACAUAGCUGUUUCGAUAGGAAAUAUCAUCAACGAGUUGGAGAACUACGGUUUCGUGAUGAGAGAUUUCCUUUCCUUUCACGUGAAGUUAUUGAAAAAGUUAUAUCUGGAGGGGCUAAACUUGGGUUAUUGGAGGUGUUUGGAUUAUGAUUACGUGCAGAAAUAUGUAGAGGCAUCAGUUAAGCAGUUGCACCACGUGCAGUUGAAGGAUCUUAAUAUAGAUAGAUACAAGCAUAGAAAGGAUAAUUUCUUCUUGGAUAGGUUAUCCAUCCUGUGUCGAUGUAUCUUAUCCUAUAUGAAGACUUCCUGGAUUAAAUCCUUUUUAAAGUUAAACGGCCUCAAGUUCUUAAUGGCCUACACUAAUUUGAUAAGCUUACCUCCAAACUACAUUCACAUUUUCGAAUAUCAUUCUAUUUAUACGUUUGUGAUGAAGAUAUAUUUGUAUGCCUCCUUCAAGAACGUGUACAAUCAGUUCCUAUACCCUCUAUACAACUACAACAACUUCGUUUCCUAUGUACAAUACAUAAGUUUGUUGUUGUCGGGUUCUUUCUAUUUUGACUUGGGUGACAAUGUCGUUGUGGCUAAGCGAUCCGCUCUUCUAGCAGGGGAAAUGGGAGGAACGAGUGGAAUCAACGAAGCGCUUAGACCUCUUGGAGCGCUGGACAAAACAUUCCAGCGAGGAAGCAAGUAUCUGAGGACAGAUUACUUCGCAGGUCCUUUCAUCGAUCGUAAUCAGCUACUCCUUUGCAAUAUUACACAACUUUUCAACAUCUUGUAUUUUUUAAUCUCGGCAUACACAGACGCCAAAGGGCUUUACAGCAACGAGGAGAAGCUGUAUGAUCUAUCAGAAUUGUCGAAUAGAAAAAUCUUGGAAAUAUUUUCAGAUGUCCUCAUAACAAUAGAAAGUGUAUUUGACUUUUACUUUACAUUGUAUUUUUACCAGACGAAUGACGAAAACCAGAACAUGUUUUUGCAUCUGAAGGAUAAGGUGUGUAUCCAUGAACACAUUAAAAGAACACUUCGUAAUAGCCAAAAUAAGUCGGAUUAUUUGUUAUACAAUUUGUUCGGAUCCAGUCGCUCCCUCUUUUGUUAUUCCAUUAAUAACAAUUUGUACGUAUUGAACCAGGAUCAAGGGAAAACACAUAUCAUUUGUGACCACGACAAUGCAGAUGAUUACAAAAGAACGGAUCAUCUUAGUGGGUUAGAUAAUGAAGACAGAGUCUAUAAGGCAAUUUACAAAUAUACCUUUUCGCAGGUGCUCAUUGAAUUUAACACCUUUGUGCAUAAAAGUAUGAAAAUGCCAUCAGAUAUUGUAGCCUUUAAAAAGAAGGAGAAGACGAAAUUUCAAAAAUAUUUUUCAGGUUCAGAGGAAUCAAUUGUCCGGGUGCAAACGAGUAAUAAGAAGAAAAGCGAUUCGAACAUAACGCAUAGUCAACAUGAUAAGGAAGCGGGCAUAUCAGCCCACCUUCUUUCUAAUAAUCUAACAAAUCAUUGCAACACGGUUAACGAGACUCACCUCUCCAGCGGCAACGCUCUUGAGACUGAUACCCUAGGUGUUGAUAAGAACCAAUUAAAUGCUCAAAGUAUUUCAAACAUGUACGCAACAUAUCGCAGCGGCAGUUGUAUGGAAUGUCACCUUGCGGGGGAAAAUAAAAAUGAAGGAGGAAAUAAAGACACCAGCAUGGGCGAUAAUAACGUAGGCGUUGCUAACGGCGAAUACAACGACUACUAUAUUGAGGAUAAGAAUAUCCACAUGAAUACUCGCCUUGCAUAUGACUCUAAAUACGUCCUGUGCGAAAGCCUCAGAUCGCUCCUAGUGGUAAUUAAGAAGUUUUUCAUCAUGAUUAAUUUGGCUUGUCAUACAAGACAGUUAAAAUUGAAGCCAACCCCGAACUAUAUUUUUUACAAUGUAAUCCAGCAGAAGCACAUUCUGUGCAUCAUUAGGUGUUUAACCAAGUGCAUGAUGAAUGUGCCCGUGGUGAGCAAGCCCAUUCAAGAGAACCCCUACCUCGCGGGGGGCCCAACGAAAAGCGUGUAUAAAGUGCUAUCUGAUCACAUAACAGCGGAGAAGGUCAGCUAUUUGAGCGGGCCGAAUCAGAACCAGCCACAGUCAGGAACAGCGCCUUCAUGCGUGACGGUGAAUGGUUGUGCGAACAGUUUCUACAGUUGCAACUGCAGCGGUGGUAGCGUCAACCCUGAGUUAGUCGCACGCAGUGCCUACAAGAACGGAUCCAAGAAAUGGCCCAAGGUUGAAGCGAAGAUGAGUUAUCUUCCAUGUGAGAACAUCGCUCAAGCAAAUUCCUCCAAGGAGCACUUACCCUGCUGUGGUAACGCCAAUUUUGCAGCGAAGAGGGAUGAACAACAGAAGAACUUCAAUCUGUAUGACUAUGCGUACACCUCAUUCACCAGUCACCAUGUAGAGAAGAUAGAAAAUUAUUAUCCCGAGCCGUUUUACAUGGAGGAAAUUCUCUUCAAACGAUACAACUUUAACUUUUCCCUAAUCGACGUGCUGCCGAAUAAGGACCUUCAACGUAAUGAUCAUCUUGGACCAGCGGACAAGGGAUCGGAGCAAAAUGGAAAUACAAGUGUAAAUGCAAGUGAAAGUGCAACACGAGAUGCUUUUUCCACUCUGCUGAAUGGAAAUGUGGCCGCCUCCCCGUGCCGAGCAGGGUGCUCCAGUGAAGAAUACCAGGGGAAGGACCCUCAGGGAAAUCUCCCCAGUUACGAUUUAAGCAAAUAUAACAAAUCGUAUAUUUGCACCAGCGUUCGGCAGGCAGAUGGGACCUAUCGCGUGGUUCACCACAAUGGCAACUUCAAUUUUUUGAAUUCUCCAGAGGAGAGCAGCAAGGAGCUGAAUAAAGCAAACCAGACGAGUCACCAGAUGAAUUACCAGACGAAUGAACAGAACAACCAAACUAUCAAUAAUGAAACCUCGGGAAAAAAUACAGGAGUGAAGGAUAUACCCAAGGGAAGGAAGCUCUCCCCAGUGAACAUCAGCAUAGAGCAUUACAGCCCGAUGAAAACAGUGAAAUACAUCGCAGAGCUCAUUAACAUCCUGCAUAAACUACUGUCAGAUAACAAGCUAGAAUUUAUUAGCUACUUCUAUUUCCUAGAUUUGUUAUACAAAGUUGGAACAUUCGACUUCAUUUUUAAUAUGUUUAAUUAUGUGAUGAGCGUGUACAUAUCUCUGCUAGCAUUAUAUUACAAAAAGAAGAAGGAGAUGAAGAAGAAGAACAAGCAGAACGUGAAUGCGCAUUUUGUCACUUAUAUUCCAAUACACAUCAGCAAGAAUUUUACCUGCACAAACACCUACUUCGUUCGGUACGUAGUAAGGAUUAUGGAAUACUAUUCUGGUGCUGAUAUUAGUAUGCUAAAGAUAUACCUCCAAAUUGUUGUUAAAGGGAUAAGCGCCUUCCUAGACUUUUUCGUCAGCCUCAUCAACAUUGGCAAGUUUAACUUGAUGCUCUUUUGUUCAAAGAUGCUGCACCCCCUCACGCGCCUGCACAACGAUUUUGAGUACCUUUCCCCGGAGAAAAAAGCGCCCAAAAACGGAGGAGGGGAAACGGCAACGGAGCAAACAGUCGCAGAGCAAACAGUCACAGAGCAAACAGUUACAGAGCAAACAGCCACGAAAUCACACAGUGGUGAUGUGGCCCCUCCGAAUGGAACGACCGAAAGGAGCAACCCUUUGCUCACCACCGAGAUUACGCAAAGUUGCAUUAGCGGCGCAGGUGGAGAGACCAAUUUAUUAACAUCCCAGCUGGAAGAACCAAACGAAUUAAACGGGACCAAUGUACACGAGGGCACAUUCCCCAAUUCGAGCGAAAAGAAGGAGAAAAAAAUACAUGACACUGUUGAGCAUAGCAAAAGUAACAACCCAGCCAGUGGUGGAGGGGAGAGUAAAAAAAGUAGUGGAGAUUUUCCUUGUGACGAAGGAAAGAGUAAGGAAGAAAAUAAUACUACCAGGAGAAACACCUCCCCGAAAAGUGCAGAACACACAUUCAUGUACAACAACAAUUUCAUAUUCUCUCUAGAUUACUUGGACAUUGUAAACAUGAUAAGAUCGAUGAAGUGUGAAAUAGCCGAAAACAUAUUCAUGUGGUUGACCUACAUCAACAGUACCAGUGUUAAAAUUACAAACCUAGGGAAGAACAACAUAUACAUAAACUUUAAUAACAAUAUUAUAUACACCCUGUUAAGGAUUAUUUUAAAAUUUAUUCAUCACUCUAUUGAAGUAGAACCUAAGAUGAUUGAUUUCUGGGCGAAGGAAAAAAGCAAAGAUAAAAAGAACGUUGGUGGAAAGGAAAAGGAUAAGGAGAAAGAUAAGGACGCAUUUAAUUACCCUCAUGUGAACAUUUUGGAGGAAUGGACCUUAAUGGGCUUUGACGAAAAAACUAUUUAUGAUUGCCUGAAUUAUUCAGGCACCACGGAUUUGGAUUGUACGUUGAAUUAUUUGGAUAAGGCCAAGGAGAAAGAUUUCUUCCUGAAUAUAGGGAAAGAUAAACUUCCUGGAGAGAGAAAGAACGUGAGUAGGAGAUCCCCUUACUACGACUUUGACUACAACAGCAGUGAUGAAAAUUCCACCUCAGGUAACCGAAGGGUCGAUAUCCAAUUGGGCGUGAACGAAAAUGUCAGCGAGGAGGAAGUCAAUGAUGCAGUGCAGGUUGGUGCAGAGCAAAACCUCAUCGAUGGGAGCAACGCUAGCGGGGGUGGCCAUCACGUAGAUGCAAGCACAUCCCCAGCGCCUCUCAUCUUAAAUGAUAGCCCCAAAAAUGAAAACGACAAGGAGGAUAUGUUCCACAAAGAUGACAAGUACGUGUUGGAGAAAUUCCCCUUCAUGUUUGAAAUAUUGAAAGAAGCCAAGGCAAAGUCAACGCAUGGAAGGGUGUACUACUACCAAACCAUUAUGGACCCAAACAGCAAGAGAAACAUGAUAUUGUAUCUACAGUACUACUUAAAAUUACUGAAGAAAAAUCUUUUCCUUAUGUAUGAAGAUAAAAAUGAGAUCAAGCAAUUUUGGGAUGAAGAAAAUUAUUUGCUCCUUAGGCAAAUAAUUUAUAAGUACAUUUUUAAUAUGCUCAUAAAUAUAAUGAUAACCAUCCCAUUUAAUGAAGGGGGUUACACGAAUCUUUUCCUGAGUUUCCUCCUCAUCGAUAUUGACAAGAAGAGUGUGAAACUGCUCCUGGAUCAUUAUAGAAAAACCAUUCACGAUAAAAACACCAACAAGAGUCGUAUAUUCAACCAUCAAGAUGUGAAGAUUAUCAUUCUGUACUACUUUAUUGAAAAUAUCUCGAAAAAAAUUAAAACCUUAAAAAAUGACGAAGCCUUCCCCAUAGAACCAUUCUACCAUUGCCAUCACCUGUUUAUGUACUUUAAUAAGAGGAAAAAUAAAAAUUUGAAAAAUGCCGAUGACGGUGGAAUAAAACCCGAAAAGAAGGAUAACAAAAAUGCGAAUAAAAACAAAUUCGUGCAGAACAGAAAUGGGCUUACAAGCGCCAACGGUGGAGUGAUCCCCAUUCUGCCUCAAAGUGGUGGUGCCGCAGGAAGCACGACCACGGUAAACAACGCUGUUAGCAGUGGAGUCAGCGGAAAUGUAGCUGGCGUGGAGGGCGUCGUUACCAUGGGAAAUGGCCGCGAAGCGGGCAACGAAGGGGGACAAGGAACGAACGACACUGUUGGAAUAGCAACAAACGCCCCGCAUAAUAUCCCGACGAAUGGUGGUUCCUCCGGAGGUAACCCACUGAACGGCAUGCGGAACAUGCUGAUGAGCAGUACGAACACCCGUAGUAGAGUAGGAAACCCAGUGAGUGGAUUCCUUGCAGAUUACCAAAUGAACAAUAACUACGACCUUAGCAACCACAGCGAUGACAACACGACCACGGUAUUCUACCCAGGUAGCGACAACGUGGAUGACAAAAAUUCAGUCAUAAAUAACGGCAAAAAGAAUAAGGAACAUAGUAACCCAGAUGCUGAGGUAGCUAACGAUACAAAUGAUCCCACAGAUUCUAUCUACAGCACCAAGUAUAUUAAAGGAGACCUAGAUGUUAUAUAUGAAUCCGAAAGAGACAUGGAAAUAUACUCCUACCACUUUUGUCUGUACAUGCUUUUUUUCACCCUUUGCAACAUUAUCGAUAAGUAUACCAUAGCAAGAAACUUAAUUUUGCACAUAGAUAGGAACAUCCUGGACUAUUGUAUUUUCUUUUUACACAGAUUUAAUGCAGCUUAUGUGAAGAACGUUGAAGCGAAUGUUAACUACUUUUUAACGGAGAGCAGGUCCCAGGCGUGUUUAGCAGCUUCUGGCGCGAAUGAUGAACAGAUGCUUUCAAAUGCCCAUGUGGGUGGGUGUUUCAUCCCCUAUGGGCAUUAUGAAGCAUCUGCAAAUGAUAACGAUUCGGGGAAAAGGAAUCAAGAAAAGAAUAAAAGGAAGAGAAAAUUUAACAAAAUAAUUACAACAAGUAAAAAUGCUGCAAACAUGAAUGACCAACAGAACAAUGGAUUAACGAAUGUCGACUCGUGUGAGCAGGAGGCCCUUUUGCCUGACCACCUCCCCCCCCUUUCAAGUGAACAUGGAAACAGUUUUCACGGCGCACCCGAGGAAGAUGCGAAUGACUGUGCGCAAAAUGGUAGCCACAAAAAGUAUGCUUAUAACCUUUGCGAUGCACAGAAUAAUGACUACGUGCAUCCAACGUGUGGCGAUGCUCACUUUGCCAACGUCGCUGGAACAACCCACGGAGAGCAAGGCAACAACAGGACAAUACUAAUGUCAGCGCAGAGCAGAAUCACAGGGAAUAACUGCCAAGAGCAAAGUAGUCAGAAGAAGCAAUGUGAAGAUAACAAAAAGGAACAAAAAAUAAUAAACCACAUGUACAACAAAGGAUUGGUCAUAAAUAAAAACAUCAAAACGUACAACAUGUUAAUUCCGUACUGGAACUUAGCGGACACUGAUAUUUCCGAGGUUAAUCAGAAAACGGCAAUCAAUUAUUCACUACAGGAAAAUGAGGAAAAUAAAUAUAUCUCACUGUACUCCAAGCCGCCAUGCUUCUACACCCCCCUGUUCAUGUGCCUGUACAAAAUUAUCAUUAACUACUCAUUACAUAAUUUUAACGACAAGACUAAGAAGGUAAUGAAAAAACACAAGGAGGAAAAAACGAAUGACGAGAAGUGUGGCACCACUAUGAUCAAAAAUGCACCUACGACCAAAAUCGACAAGGCCAUCUCCCAAAGUGAGAAGAAAAAUAUUAUCAGUAAUGUGACAACCAACAUGAAUACAGCAACUGCACAAAUCCUGCAAACUUCGCAAGCGAUUGCAGAGAACAUUCGUUUUAUGUCAUCGGAAAAACAACACAACAUUAUAAAGAUAUGCAUCGACACUUUGUAUUUUUUCAAAGGUUACAACGCACAAUUGUGUAUGAGCAUUUUACAAAUAAUUGAAUACCUUACUACCACAUACAGCAAUGUAAUUUUCUUCAUUUCCUAUACGCCGCCAAAUGUGUAUAAGAAUUUCAGGAAGGCAUUUGAACUGGAGGAAAGGAAGAUUUGGAUGAUGCAAUUUCAGGGGAAGAACCUGAUUGAUAGAGGAAAUACAAACGGAAGAGGCAACACAACAGGGGAAAUUCCUAACGAGGAAUUAGUUACCAACAGAGGAGGAGAGAUUUCUCAAGGGGACCUGCACAAAAGGGAGACGAUCAUCAAUGGCGGAGGUGUUAUCAAUGGCGGAGGUGUUGUCAAUGGUGGAGGUGUUGUCAAUGGUGGAGGCGUUAUGGAUCAUCCUAAAGGUGGAAGUAGUAAGGAAAUGUGCUACUCCCCCAAUAUUACAAAGAAUGAACAGAACGACAACCUUGGCCCAUUCGAAGAGAAAUGCGAGCCUGAUUUUGAUCUGAACGAAUUGAUUCUAAAUAAUAUAAGUAGAAGCGGAUUAGGAAUUCUCCUAACCAUUUCGAAACAGGCCAAAUUUAAGGACAUGCUCAUUAUCCUCAUAAAUAUCCUUAUCCAGUGCUUCACCGAUAAUUACGUUAUUGCCAACCGAAUUGAAUAUAGUCUCAAGUCAUACUUCCUAUCUCAUGGGAUCCCAGUCAAGUGCUUUAUGAGGAAGGAUGACUUAAAAGUUAUAGAGGAUCCGAAAUUUUCCAACGCAUUAGGUGUAUCAUUAAGUGAAUUAAAUGAGGCAUUAUAUCCAUUCAUCUUUAAGAACCCCCAGAUGUAUGAGGAAAUUCUGAGCUGUUUAUGCUUUUUUCCAAACCUGAAAUAUGUGAAGAAAGAUGAACCAAGUGAUGUGCAACAUGAGGUUAGCGAUGCGGUGGAUUUGCUUUCUUUCAAUGGUUUUAGCAAUUUGGUUGGUGUGAACAGCGCGGGAGGAUUCACAAGCGAACAAAUGAAGGAGAAGAGGAACGGGGCAAAUGUGCACACCCUUCCUUUUAAUGGUGCAGAAAUUGUAAAAGGGACGAAAACAGAUAAGGCUAAAAAGGGAAAAGAUGCAGGGAAGGACCAGGACCAAGAGGGGAGAAAUUCAUUUCAAAGUGCUACGAGCAACGGCGUAGUGAAUGGCGCAACCCAGUUUAACAAGAAGAAGAACAAAUCGGUGAAGGAAAGUAGUGCGCAGCAAGGAGUGGCCCUAAAUGGGGACGGAAGCGGUGAAGGAAAGUUCUACCUAAACCUUCUACCCAUACCGGAGCACAUCAAAUCCAUUUACAUGCUCUCGGAAACGGCCAACAGCACUAAGUACCUGAGGAAGUAUUUUCUCAAGAACAAUUUUUACAACUUUUACAUCCUGGCCGUUUUGCUGGAUCUCCUUAACUUGUUCACUGUCAUACAGAGCAAAACCAGGUUAGUAAAGCUCAGCGAAAAGGAAGAAAGGGUACAGUUUAACAAGAGGCUAAUGGAGAUUUAUGGAACGGAUGCCAACUUUGACACAGAAUUGGAUUACAAGGUCAUGUACCCCUUCGCACUGACUGCAGAUAAUAUGUUGUUCAUUCUGAACUUAAUUUUUAAAACAUUUAAACAUUUGAUUGUUUAUUUAGUUAAAGUGCCAAAUUCCUUUAACUCCAAAAUUAUGAAGACAUUUUUUCUAAAUGAUUAUGAUGAACUUGUACAUGGUUGGAAGAAUGACGCUGUGCAAUGCAAUGGCGCGGAUGGUUUUUCCAACAGCUGUGGGGUAAUUAUCCCUCCAAAAGGUAAUUACAGCAGUAGUAGGAGCAAUGAUCUUAACGCCCUCAUAAAGGAACUUCCCGAACAGGCUACAGCACUCCCCUGUAUGGAUAACGACGGGACAAUGGAAGGCACAAAUGUAAUGCCCAAAAUCGCGAAACCCGAUUUCACCUCCAAUAGUUCUUAUACAUAUCGAGAAAUGUCUGAAUUUUAUUUACAGAAUUAUAUUCAGUAUUAUGCACUCUUCGAUUUAUCCAAGUUGACUUUUAGGAGUUGUUUAUUCCCGUUUCUACUGGAAAUGGGGGCGUGUCAAGCAACAGGCAGCGGCAACAGGGAGAAGGGGAAAGAGAAGUACAUGGGUAAGGAGAUGGAGAUGCUUGCAGGUAAUCUGCUCAGCGCGAAUUAUCAGAACAACGUGGUAUUUACCCCCCUGUUGAUAUUUAUGUUCAAACGAAUAUUACCCCAAUUUAUAUGCUUGAGCCAUCCGAGUAUCCACACAACCUACUCUCCAAAAAAGUUGGAGGAAAAAUCCAAGUGCACGGAUUACCAUUAUCAGUCCGUAAUAAACAGCAACGAAUUCAAAAAUCUGAAUUAUGUUAAACACAUUAUGAAUUUUGUUCAGCUGAUUUUUGAUAUUCACUCGUCCAGUUAUGAUGUACAUAAAAAAGUGGUGCAAGAAAUAAUGCACCUCCUGAAGGUAUAUAAUAUUUUUCAGAAGCGGAAGGAACAACACUCCUCUGCAAAAGCGCCGACCAAUUGGAACAAGAACGUGUUCGCCACCCUCAUCGAUGUGUUCUCCUACACUGUAAGUGCCUUGCUGUACAAACUUAUCAACGAAGAACAGAAUAUCAAGAUAGAGAACAGCAAUAUGUUGGAUGAGAAGAACCUGCUCGAGAGCGGCAAGUACAUUUCCGAAGUGUUGGAGUUUGCAGCGAAGGGUGAGGAGGAGCAGGAGUCCAGGAACAAUGCAGGCGAUCCCAAUCGCAACGACAGCGACGACUGUGACGACAGUCUGGGCAGGAGCGGAGCAAACGGCACGUAUGGCGGAAGUGGUAAUCACAACGGUGGUAAUCACAGCGGUGGUAAUCACAACGGUGGCAAUCACAGCGGUGGCAAUCACAACGGUGGUAAUCACAGCGGUGGUAAUCACAACGGUGGUAAUCACAGCGGUGGUAAUCACAGCGGUGGCAAUCACAACGGUGGUAAUCACAACGGUGGCAACCCCAACGGUGGCGGAGGGGACGAGCGCGAUGACGACAAGAAGGACGACGGUAAUAAAAUAUUCACAUAUAGCAGGGAGCAGCUGGCCCACUUCCGCAUGGCUCUGUGCAACUUGCUGAACAAGCUGGACUAUACGAAAGAAGACUUCGCCAACACAGCCACAUCUAUCAUUCGUUGUUUGUCCGUCCUGACAUCUGCGCCCAUUUUGGGUCAUCCCAUCAGAACAAAGAACAAUAAACUGUACAUGCUAAAAUUGAACAAACUAAAUGAAAGGAAGAACAAGAAAAUCAAAAAAAUCAAGAGAAAUAAGAGAAGAAAAAAUAUGUCAUCUGUAACUUUUUUAAACCCAUCUUAUGUACGAUUUAGAUCGGAUUCAAGUAACAACAACUCGGCUGACUCCGACAUCCCCUACUCAGUUGAUUCCGAUGUUUCUUACGAGGAACACUUCAUUUUUGACAAUGACGAAAGUAAUGAUGAGGAUGACCUUAGGUAUGAGUAUGAGGAGGAGAUGGACGAUGAUUACGUUGACAUGGAGGACGACGACAAUGAUGAUGACAACAGUGACGACGCCGACGAUAAUGAUGAAGAAGAUGAUGAAGGGGAAGACGAGGUAGAUAAUGAGGCGGAUGAUGAUGGUGAAGAGGAAGGAGGAGACGAAGCAGAAGCAGAGGCGCAUGGAGAGGAGGAAGAUGAUGAGGUGGUGGAGCCGGACGAUGCAGAUGAUGUUAGCGAAGGAGGUGAAGAGGCUGACGAGGGGGAAGAUAGACCACAAAGGAGCAGAAGAAGAAGAAACGAAGAAUUGCGCAACAACGACAGUAGCAAUAACAAUACGUUGAACAGCGCACAGAUGGAUACCGAUGAAAACAAUGAAAAUUCUCUUAAUGAUGGAGUAGAUGGAACGGAAGGAAAUUACACCGAUGAGGAGGUGGAGGAAGAGGAAGAAGAAAACGACGAUGUGGACAGUGACGACGAUGAUAAUGAUGAUGACUCUGUCGAUGAGGAUGACGACAUGGAGGAUGAAGAUGGCGACGAUGAUGAUGAGGAGGAGGACGACGACGAAGAAGAUGAGGAGGAUGAAGAAGAAUACGACGAAAUCGACAUGGAGGAAGAGGAGGAAGAAGAAGAGGAUGAAGGAGGGGAAAACGGAAACGAACAUGAUACCAAUAGAGGCCUACACGUACACGCCUACCUGGUGCAAGAUAGAAAUGUCCUUGAUGAAGACAACCCUUACGACCACUCCAACAAUUUGUUACUCCCUCACGAGGUUGACGAAAAUGAAGAGAACAUCUCACACAUGGGGGAUAACAACAAUAACAUCGUCUCGAAUCUGGAGUUGGGUUCAGACAGUAGUAAUGAUAUGGAUGAAGCGCAGGGGGUUCAUAGAAUCAGAGAAAUCGAUGAAACGGAGGAAUAUGAUGAGGAGGAUGAUGAGGAUGAUGAUGACGACGAUGAUGAGGAUGACGACGAUGAGGACGAUGAUGAUGAUGAAGAAGAUGAUGACUCCGAUGAGGAUGACGACGAGGAUGAUGACGAUGAUGAGGGAGACGAAGAGGAAGAAAUUGACGAAGAUGGCGAGGAAGAAGAAAUCAGCGAAAAUAACGGCGCCUUCCGAAUUAGUCAAACGGAUGAUAACGGUAGAGCAGCGAGUAACAACGCAGAUUUAAUCGACACAGAAAUAAAUGUCAACAAUUCCCUUCUCACAUGUAAUGAAAAUCAACACGAAAUUUUAGAUAUCCUCAUGGAAGAGGAUGGUGUAUAUAAUAUUAAUGACGACAUAGAUGAGUACAACGAUGACUACAUGGACGAGGGAGAAAAUAAUCACCGAGCUGUUAAUAGUACUGUUAACAUCGUUGGAAGUGCGCAACAGGGCGGUGAUAACAACUUUGGAAUCUCUUCCCAGAAUGCUAAUGAUGGUGAAGAUAAGAGUGGCUACCCAGAUGGAGUUCACAAGGGAGAUAACAAAAUUGCGCAGGGCGAAGAAAUCCAUGAUGACGCAGUUCCCUGUUCCACAGAUGGGAUAACAAGCAGUUUGAACAAUCUGAAUAUGGAUUCCCCAUCCGAAGUAAAGAAGGAUUCCUCUGGAGUAAACGUUUCCAGCGCUACUAAUAUGGCCAACGUACAGAGCACGGUGAAUUAUCCAAACCUGAUGACCUCUAAUUCUGGAAUGUCGACACAGAACAAAGGUAUUUGCAACCAAGUGAAAAAUGAACACAAGAAUAACGGAAUUCAUGUGGGUAUAAAUAAUAGGGAAGAGCAAAAUGAUCCUUUUAAUAAUGUACAAAAUGAUAAUCUCAAUUCAUUACUUAACGUAUCUUUGAAAACUGACAUCCUAGAUCCAGUUAGUGAUGCCCCGAGGGAAGCACUUUUCCCUGCGCAUAUGAACCAAGUGAUCCAUAACAGCGUAAACGCUGUUGAAAACGGGAAUGCAAUUAAGAGCGAAAUGAACAACAUUCAUUCGAUUAACGAACAGGAUGGUGUAGGAAGUGCAGAAGGAGCAAAUAAUAAAUCCCAUGCUAUAAGUACAAGGGCUGCUAUUGUUAAGCAGGAAGAAAACAAAAAGUGCUCAUCACCCACAGAUGCGAAUGCUCCUACAACAGAAAACGGAAAAAAGAAUGAAUUGCCCGGUGCCCCUGAUAGAGUGCAAACCUCUUCCGCGGAAGGAACCACAAACAUAACGAGUGUAAACGAUAAUGAAAUUAACUUGAUAGAUUUGUACUACCAUUUUUACAACAACAAUAAUAGAGAUGUGAAUACCCUACUGGGGGAAAAUAACAGCAUUUUAUAUUUGAACGAAACAGAGACCAUUCAUACCGCCACGGUGAAGAGUAGCGCGAGUGGGUUGCCCAGUGAACCUACCGCUGAUCAAAAUGACAAUGCUCAUGCGAACGGCGUGGUUGCACCACCAAGUGGAUUACCCACAAAUGGAUUACCCACAAAUGGAUUACCCACAAAUGGAUUACCCACAAAUGGAUUACCCGCAAAUGGAUUACCCGUAAAUGGAUUACCCGCAAGCGACACAACGCCAAUGGCAUUGCCCCCCGUGGAUAUCGCCCCGAUGGAGCUAAGCGAUCGGGAACAGGGGACGAUGCUAAGCAGGGGUAUGGAGAAUUACGGGCCCAUUAACUACACACCAACGAGCAGUAACAUAUUUGCCCUAAUGGAUAAUUUGUGCUCCAAUUUGUUAACCCUAAAUAGAAGAAGAAACGAACGCUUGAAUACUAUGUUGACGACCUCUGUGCACAUCCCCGAUGGUGUAAGAAAUAACAGCAUUAAUAUCCCCAUGGGAAUUAAUGAAGACUUCAACAUAAGCGGCAUCAUCCCAAAUGAGAACAAUGCAUAUGAUCAUGGUAACAUGUUGCACGAAAGUGGUUGUACAUACUACCACCUAAAUCUGGACAGAGCUAACAACUUCUAUUCGCCCCCGAUGUUUAACAAUUGCCCAAGUAUAAGAUCCAAUAACGCAGCAAACAGAAAUAUGAACCAAACGAACCACAACCUUCGAAAUUUGUUUAACAUUAUUAGGAACUACAACAUCAGUGAUAAUAAUAUAAACUACACGAGAAAUUCCAAUCCCAUUCUGAAUGACUUGGGUAGGAGGGGCGAGUGCUCAGCGGAUGGGGUGAGCAGUGCAAAUGCAGUAAACGCAGAGAAUAGGGAAACCCGUGUGGGGGAAGUGUUUAGCGAGCAGAGCAGUAACGACGCCCCGAACAGAGCGAAUAACCAAGAUGGAAGUAACAACCGAGGUGAAAGUAACAACCGAGGUGAAAGUAACAACCGAGGUGAAAGUAACAACCGAGGUGAAAGUAACAACCGAGGUGAAAGUAACAACCAAGGUGGAAGCCCUUCCCCGGAAGAUGACCCCGACGUGCCUACCGAGACGAACAACACCCUAGCGAAUAAAAUCGAAAGCGGUAAUGCUAUCAAGCAAAACAACGAUGGAGCGAAGGAAGAAAAGUUUAGCCUUAUGGACACCGUGCUCGAUAAUGAUAGGAAAUUGAAAAGCAGCAUCUGCAACAUGAUGUACAACAGAUUGUGCAAGGCUAUUCCGAAGGUUCAUAUAAAUUUACCCAUCGAAAAUUUAUUAGAAGAAAAAAAAAAAAUAAUUCAAAGCAUGCGCAGGAAGGUAGAAGAGAAGAAAGAACUAGGCAGCAAAAAGGAAGCGCAGAAGGGCAAGGCUAGUAAACAAGAGCAAGGUAAAAAAAGUGGCCUUCAAAAAGGGGAAUUGCCUUCGAAGGAGGAGGAGAAGAUGGCGCAAGCGGGAGAAGAAAGGAAGGGCACAACAGAAGAGGUGGAAAACCAAGCGGAAAUCCACGCAGAGAACCACGCAGAGAACCACGCAGAGAACCAUGCGGAGAACCAUGUGGAGAACCACAUCCAAGGGGAAGAUAAACAACACGAUAACAACACUUCUUCCCCCGAGGAAGAUUUCACGCCCAGUCAGAAUGUCCAAGACCAAAUUGCGCCAACGGGAACGGUCGACCCACCCUUUGAGGGCGUCUUGUAUGAUGGCAAUUCCAUCCCCGAUGUUCUCAACAGUGAUAUAAUGGGUGCAGAUCAGAACAACGUAAUUAACUCAAACCAAGGAGACGAGCAGAAUGACAACACUGAUCAAAGUGUACUCGACGAUGAGGACUACAAAAAUAUUAACUACGAAGAUAUUUUCGAUAACGUGUUGAAAAUAGAAUCGCUUCUCAUUAUUUGCUGCGCCCUGGGCAUAAACGAAGGCCAGUUUUUCCAACUCCUAAACGUUGAUAGAUCCUUCCUCGUUGAACUCCCAAGCAAUUUGAUCGACGAAAUUAUCUUACAGCAUUUGAAAAAUAUCACCCUAGCGAGUGUACACGAACUGGCACAACAGAAUGCUCAAAAUGAUAAAAAAAUUACCAUAGAUCUGUACAAGAAGUAUCUGAAAUUUCAGGAAUUUAGCAUGACACACCCAGGCGGCGAACAACCGAACAUUCAUAACGAAGCGGCCGUCGCACAGACUGACCAAAGAAAUGAUCACCCAAAUGACAGCAGCAUUGAUCCUAAUACAAGCGCGAUUAUAACUGCACAUGUUGAAGGGAACGCCGCGAGUAACAACGACAAUGGUGCAUUAAUCAAUCCGGUGGGUGAAACCGUACAGGAAGUGUCAAAUAAUGAUGAAGGCACAGUUGAAGGGAGUGGUCUCCCAGUGGUGGGAGCCCCAAGCGGGGAAACUGCUACUAUGAUGGAAAAUACAACCAACGUGGAAAUAGCAGCGCACGCGGAAAACCCCGCGAUAAGCGAAGGCGAGAAAAAUCUGCUUAUCUACAACAGCAUAAAGAAGAGCUACCUGGAGGCGCUGCCUUCAAGCGUUCGCGCAGAAAUCAAGAAGAGAAUAAUAGGUAACAGGAACCAGCGAAAUGAAACGCAAGACGAAACGAACAUUGCGUUUAUAGAUUCCUUGACGCCGGAGCUGAGGAGGGACGUGUUAUCCUCCGCGAGCUUAAGAUUCAUAAGAACGCUCACCGAGGAAAUGAUAGAAGAGGCAAGAAAUUUAAGAUUCGUGGUGCUGAAUAGUCGUUCGAAUUUGCUAAAUGGUAAUAAUCGAUCUAGGCAGAACGCCAUCGCCAACGCUGUCACCGAUGGGGACAACGCAGAUAGGGGUGCUAACAUUGGAGGAAGCAGUGCAGGAAAUGUGAACAACAGCGGAGGCAACGCAAGUGGGGCCAACGCAAACGGAGUUAAUGCGAACGCAAUGAAUGAGAACCAAAUUGGUGCAAACGAAGCCAAUGCAGUUGGCGUCAGUGACAGCGUCAAUCACAGUAGCAACAACAUUACCGGCAGUGGUGCAUCGAGCGCGAAUGGGCAAACAGAUACCUCCAAUGUGUCGCCCACCAGAUUAAACGCAAUCAGAAAUGACAUUCAGGAACGAAUAACGAACACUGUUUUGAGAAACGCUGUGUCGAACAUAAACAACGCCAACAUCACAGAUAUCACCAACAGUAGUAGCAGUAGCAGCAAUAAUAGAAGCGGCAACAACAGUAACAAUGUUCCAGUAAUUAGCAGUGGAAGCAACAGACAUGGACAAAACAACAUGACCUUGUUUAAUGUGCUUAGUAGAGCGAAUGCCAACAAUAGAAGGCGUUUGAAUACAUCCCUAAGAAAUUCGAUUACCUCAGGGACACAGAGGAACAACUUUAUCAGGAUUACAUACAACGAGAAUAACAAUCCAAUAAUUAUGAUUAAUACGGGGCAUGAAAAUUAUGACAGUCUGACCGUUUCUCGUUUCUUGGAUCACUUCCUUGGUGGCCGAUCAUUCAACGGGGCAAUUUCGAACCUGCCACUAUCUGACGGUGCAGGCAUUAGCGCCAGCUUUUCGCUCAUUCCCACGAAUAGAGGUGGUGAAAACAAUAAUGAGGAAGGCAGCAGUGGCAAUAACAAUGGCGAAAGUAGCGGCCACGGAAGGAACAACGCAAGCAAUAGUGCCAACGCCGGAGGAAACGGUCAUCUCAGUGCAAGUCAUCGCAGCGGAAAUAACAACACAAAUGGUAGUGGAAACAACAGUAUGAACGAAACGAGGCUGUUCUUUGGUCAGGAAAACCGAUUGAAUAAUGCGGAUCCCAAUUUCAAUCUCCUUAAUGACGAUAAGUUUGCAGAUAAGGAAGAUGAUGUAACGUUAAGUAAGUAUUUAAAAAAUUUAUUUCCAACGAAGAACAAAGCAGAUUCAGACAGCUCUAAAAGUAGCGCCCUCUAUGUUUGUUUGGAACAACCCGUAUCCUCUCAGGCCCUGAUUGAUAUUUGCAGAUUACUAUUUUUAAAAAAAGAAAUUAACAAAAAGAUUAUGUUUACCCUCUUUUGCAAUUUAACCUGUUCCUAUCAGAAGACUAAAAUGUGUGCGUUGCAAUUAUUUAUGAGCAUUUUAUGGUCUGCUUCUGUUGACUUGCAUGGGAAGAAUGGUUCCCCCCGUGUGGUAGCUAUGCGUCAGGCUAUUAAUUUUCCCCCGAAAAUGCUUUACCACAAUGUUAACAAGAAGAAUUAUGGGCUUUUUUCAGAUAGCUAUUUCACAACUGCCUACGUAUCGGCGGAGAGGGUAUUAGAACAAGUGCAGUCGUUACUUAUUACCAUCCCACAUAUUACUUCAUUCUUCUCCAUGCUGCUUGUACACCCCGCUUUUUUCGUGCCCAAGGAUAUUAUCGAGAAUAAGGUUGUGGGCCCGAAGAAGGGUGGAAGUAGUGAAUCGAGGAAGGGGGAAAUCAUCUCCCAAGUGCCUGCAGAAAUGGCGCAUACUUUUGCAUCCAAAAAGGAAGAACCCGCGCAAGGAAACGCCAACAAGAUUAACGACGACGAGGCGGCCAUUCUGCAGUACGAAUUGAAGAGGAAGAGACCCAAGAUGGACCAGAAAAACAGUUCCAACACGCAGGGACCGAGCACAAAAAUAGAACAUUCCAAACAAGUGGAUAAGUCAAAAAAUGAGUACCCAAUUAAUAUCCUAUUCAAACUGCUGAAUUCGUUCAUAUAUUUAACGUCCAAAAAACUGAUGAGCCAUCUUUUGUCGGUUAUUUUCAAUCUUCUAAUUAACUGCGGGAAGAAGUGGCACACGUAUAGCAACUUCACCAAGUGGGUAUACAAGGAAAAUUUGGAUGAACUUUUGGAUGUCGAAAAUGCUAACAAUGGUGAUGACGUGGGGGCUAAGAAGAACGUCAACACGAUCAACAAUGGUGCAAGCAACGAUGCAAAUAACGAUACAAAUAACGAUACAAAUAACGAUACAAAUAACGAUGCAAAUAACGAUGCAAAUAACGAUGCAACGAACAACGACGCAACGAACAACGACGCAAGCAACAACGAAGCGGCCGCCUUAAACAACACGAGCAAUAGCCAAAGUGGAAGAAGCAAUAACGACAAUAGGAGGAACACCUCGAAUAAAGGAAAAAAGCAAAGGCAACACAGUAGUAACAUGAAAGAGUUUAACCACUCAUCAUCCAGAAUUAAUAGAGAGCUACUAAUGAACAUUAGAAAUAUAAAAAAAAAUGAAGCAGAUGAUAGUAGAAAGGAUUUUACGAAGAAGCCAUUUUACCUACUAGAUGUCAUAUCAGUAGAUGCUCUGAGUAAUUUGAGCAAACUAAUCUGUAACUACAAAACAAAUUUUCUAUGGAUCAACAGUAAUAAUAACAAUACGAAUACACCUACUAAUAAUAAUAACCUGGAACAAGUGCACAAGCAAGACAUUUCUUCAUUAACUCAAAUUAUAGUUAUGUUCUUUUCGCAUUACAAGUUAAAAAAAUGGACCAUUCAAUCAUUGAAAUAUCAUACCCAUGUUUUGAUCAAGAGGAUUAUAUAUGAUUUGAAGAAGAUUGUUCACUCCAUACACAACAAAACAUUUGAUGUUUACGCAGUUGAUCAUUCGGAUAGUUUAGAACAGAAGCUAAUUGCAUUUUAUCGUGUCAUUACCAUUUUAUUUAAUGCUCCUUCUUUUAUUGAUAAUUUAAUUAACAAAAGUGAAGGAAACAAGAAUUCCAACGUCCAGGAAACUAGCACCAACAACCCCUCUUCUAAGGAUGUAGUAGAUGUCAAUACUGGUGGUACGCCUGUUGCUUCGAACUUGGGCGUGAACAAUGGGGAACCCGCAGCAGUGAGUGAAGUUGGUCUCGGUGAAUCCGUCACAGGUGGUAAUACGGGGGGGGGCAGUCAUACUGAUGAUCAUGUGAUAAAUCAUUCGACGGAAAAAAAUAACGCAGACGAAGAAACCAAGUUUGAUAUUUGUGCAGAUUUCUUUCUCUCCAUUAAUAUUGACGCCCUGUGGGAAGAAUUCAACAAAGCCAUGCAAGUAAUCAAUAAUGCGCUCAUAGAUAGAAAUUACAAAUUUACACACAACAAUAGAAGCAAUAUGCAGUUUCCAUCAGAGGAAGGAAAAAAGGAGAAAGAUAAUGAAAGUAUGCUAUUACUACCCCAUACACAUGGUGAGAACAAGCAAGGGGAAGCAACACCCGGAGGAGAGAUAAACAAAUCUUUUUUCGACUUGGAUUCCUCCUCCAGCGAAACUUCAGAAAAGGCGAAUCCCAAUUCGGUGACUGCAGAAAUUCCACAGGAACAUGAAGCAUCCGUACCACCUAGUGGAGCAGAAAAUGUUGACCGUAUUGCAGAGGAAAGACCCAACGAAAACGAGGAUAACAACGCGAAUAGCAACCCAGUGGAAGAUAAAAAAAAAGAAAAUGAGGAUGAUCCACCCCCAACCAUUUUAAACUACCUCCUACCACUGAUGGAAGCCUACCUCUUCAUAGAGGAAGUCAUCCUGGUAUCACAAUAUAAGUUGAAAAAAUUUAAAGAUUUGGAAAAAAAAGUUGCGAAUUUAAAUAUCGAAAGUAUAAAAAUUAAUGAGAAGUUAGCAUAUGAUGAUAGCCCCUUUUACAUUAGCAUAUAUCAUAAGAAGGAGAAACGGUCGGAGAGUCAUUCCACGGGGGAGGAACUCAAAUUGAAAAUGCGCAACACUAGCAACGGGGUAAGUAGCAACCAUUCCAACAAAAUGAAAAGGAUGAAGGAACUAAGUGAUUCGUCAGACGGGGAGUUGCAAAAGGAAGGGCAGAACGAACAACACAAAAAGGACCAAAUUAAUAUGACACAUAAGCCAGGAUCGGAAGCCGACAGCAAUGCAACCCUAUUUAAUCAGAUACAUAAUAACGAUGAUGCAAACGUGCAACAAGGAAAAGGUGGCAUAAACAAAAGGGAAGAAAUGAUGGGAUAUCUUGGAAAUGACGUUGAGGAGAAGGAGAAGAAGGAAGCCAAGUCCAAUGAUUUGCUCACGGGCGAAAAAGGCAAAGUUAGCAAUUCGCAAAAUGAUGACUACCCAUUUGGGGAGGCUCAACACCAGGGUGAAAAAGUCGGACACUAUAUGGAUGAAUACAAUGGGGAGGAUGCUGAGGAGGAAAUAAUGAUGCGUGUGUUUGGCGAUGACAUCAAUGAUCAUGGAGAUAUUCGGUACGAUUGCGACGAUAACGAUGAUGAUGAAUACAUACAGAUUAAGCUGGAGGACAAUGAAGGAAAUAUCAACGUCCGACAUAAGAAGCUCAUUAAGUUUGUGUACAUAAAUAGGAGAGUAAUUAACAGCCUCAUUAAGCAGACCCCGAUACUUCUGCACCACAACUUUAAGUCCCUCAUAAAACUAACUUCGUCCUGCAUCAACUUCGAAAACAAGAGGCAUUAUUUGAGGAAGAAAUUGAAGCACCUGAAAUCAGGCGUCAGAAGCGAACCAAUCCGUUUGAACAUAAGAAGAGAGAAGGUGUUCACCGAUUCGUAUUAUCAACUGAGGAAUAAAUCUGGUAACGACUUAAAAGGAAAAUUAGUAGUUACUUUCAAAAAUGAAGAAGGAGUAGAUGCAGGGGGAUUAACCCGGGAAUGGUAUUCCAUACUAGCCAAAGAAAUAUUCAACCCGAAUUAUGCUUUAUUCUGCCGGGAAGGAAAGAAGAGCGAAUUUAACCAUCCCAACCCUCUAUCAUACAUUAACCCGGACCACUUACACUUCUUCAAAUUUGUGGGUAAAUUUAUCGCAAAGGCUAUUUAUGAUGGGCAAGUGAUAGAUGCCUAUUUUUGCAGAUCCUUUUACAAGCACAUGCUUGGAAGGAAAAUUCUUCCAGCGGAUGCAGAAUCGGUAGACCCAGAAUUUUACAACAGUCUGAUAAAAAUUGCGGAAUACAAAUUGGAAGAUUUAAAUUUGGAGAUCAAUUUUAGCACCGAAAUUGAUGAGUUUGGAAAAACGAAAAUUAUCGACCUCAUCCCUAAUGGUAGAAAUAUACCAGUGACUGAUGAAAAUAAAAACAAGUACAUUGAGCUUCUAUGUGAGAUGAAAGUAACGAAUAGUAUAAAGGAACAGUUAGAAGCUUUUAUGGAUGGCUUCAAGGAACUAAUUCAACCCAAGCUGAUCUCCAUUUUCGAUGACAAAGAAUUAGAAUUACUCAUUAGUGGCAUUCCCACCAUAGACCUAAACGACCUAAAAGAAAAUGUUGAAUACCAUAAUUAUUCACCUAACUCCAUUCAAAUUAUUUGGUUAUGGGAUGUACUCCAAGAAUUUGAUGAAAAUAAAAAGGCAUCAUUCUUACAGUUUGUUACUGGAACUAGUAGAGUACCCCUAGGUGGUUUUAAAAAUCUAAUGGGAAUGAGAGGUGCACAGAAAAUGAUUAUUUACAGGGCCUACGGAGAAGAUCGCCUCCCCACUGCUCAUACUUGUUUUAACCAACUCGACCUACCUGAGUAUUCUUCCAAGGAGUUGUUAAGAAGCAAGUUAAUCAGGGCCAUCAUGGAGGGAAAAGAGGGCUUUGGAUUUAUAUAA